UUUGUCAGAUCAGCAUUUUGCUCACAUUCCUCGGCAUUUGUGAUAGAGAGGAGCAAACCUAUAUUUUAGCCCACUUUGAUACAGUGCGGGUCAAAUUGACCUGAAAAAUAGAUUGAUUUUUAUAGCUAGGAAUUUACUAAAAUUAGCUAAUUGGGUGAAAAAAAAAUAGUAAUUUAAAUGGUUUCACGAAAUAUUUACUGAAUAUUUUUUUGUCUAACUGACCCUAGAAACUUAUAAACAUUCAUAUUGCAUCGUUUAAAAUGAAAUUUUAGAUUUAUUUGCGGUAAUUUUCGGACUACAAGCCACUACUUUUGUCCCUCGUUUUGAAUCCUGCGGCUUAAAAUCCUGUGCGGCUUAUUUGUUGAUUUAUUUGGGUUUUUCUCUUUGACAGUGGAUGGGCAUUAAUGACAUUAUGAAUGAUGUCAGUACCUCCAUUUAUGGUCAGCUCGGAUCUUUAAAUCCAUUCAAAAGUGAGAUAAUUUGUCAUAAUUAUGAUGGUCUUAUGACAGUCUUAUGGCGCCACUAUCAUAUAAAGUCUUACCAAAUACUAUGACCAGAAAUUAAUGAAACAACUGGAACAGUAACUGAAGAAAUAAUUAGCACAGAACAUGAAUUUUGAUUGUUAUUUACAUCUGUAGCGCUGCAAUGCAUGCUAGGAGGCAUGUUGGACGACAACAGUGUUGACGGCAGGUGGCAGUAGAGGUUGAGGGUCUCCUCCAAGGGACCAGUGAUGGCCGAAUGAAGCUUCUUGAAGCGAUGAAGCUUUGCUGCUGAUUGGUUCAAAGCUUCAUAGUGGUUCAUUUGAGCUUAUGACAAUUUUAUGAUGCCGCUGUCAAAUAUAGUGUUACCAAAUACCAUCACUAGCAAUUAAUGAAACAACCGGUACAGUAACUGAAGAAAUAAUUAGAACAGAACAUGAAUUUUGAUUGUUAUUUACAUCUGUAGCGCUGCAAUGCACUCUAAGAGGCAUUUUGGAUGACAACAGUGUUGACAGCAGGUGGCAGCAGAGGUUGACUGUCUCCCCCAAGGGUGUUGUGAUGGACGAAUGAAGCUUCUUGAAGCAAUGAAGCCUUGCUGCCGAUUGUUUCAAAGCUUCAUGGUGGUUCAUUUGAUGUUAUGACAAUUUUAUGAUGCUGCUGUCAAAUAUAGUGUUACCAAAUACCAUCACUAGCAAUUAAGGAAACAACCGGUACAGUAACUAAAGAAAUAAUUAGCAGAGAACAUAAAUUUUGAUUGUUAUUUCCAUCUGUAGUGCUGUAAUCAUGUUUGGAGGCAUGUUGGAUGACAACAGUGUUGACAGCAGAGGUUGACUGUCUCCUAAAGGAGUUAUGAUGGCCAAAUGAAGCUUCUUGAAGCAAUCAUAGUGGUUCAUUUGAUCUUAUGACAAUUUAAUGAUGCCGCUGUCAAAUAUAGUGUUACCAAAUACCAUACUAGCAAUUACUGAAACAACUGGUACAGUAACUAAAGAAAUAAUUAGCAGACAACAUGAAUUUUGAUGGUUAUUUACAUCUGUAGUGUUGUAAUGCAUGUUAGGAGGCAUGUUGGAUGACAACAGUGUUGACAGCAGAGGUUGACUGUCUCCCCCAAGGGAGUUGUGAUGGCCAAAUGAAGCUUCUUGAAGCAAUGAAGCUUUGCUGCCAAUUGGUUCAAGGCUUCAAGUUGGUUCAUUUGCUCUUAUGACAAUUUUAUGAUGUUGCUGUCAUAUAAUGUGUUACCAAAUACCAUCACUAGCAAUUAAUGAAACAACCGGAACAGUAACUGAAGAAAAUUAGCAGAGAACAUGAAUUUUGAUUGUUAUUUACAUCUGUAGUGCUGUAAUCAUGUUUGGAGGCAUGUUGGAUGACAACAGUGUUGACAGCAGAGGUUGACUGUCUCCUAAAGGAGUUAUGAUGGCCAAAUGAAGCUUCUUGAAGCAAUCAUGGUGGUUCAUUUUAUCUUAUGACAAUAUUAAGAUGCCGCUGUCAAAUAUAGUGUUACCAAAUACCAUCACUAGCAAUUAAUGAAACAACUGGUACAGUAACUGAAGAAAUAAUUAGCAGAGAACAUGAAUUUUGAUUGUUAUUUACAUCUGUAGUGCUGUAAUGCAUGUUCGGAGGCAUGUUGGAUGACAACAGUGUUGACAGCAGAGGUUGACUGUGUCCUCCAAGGGAGUUAUGAUGGCCAAAUGAAGCUUCUUGAAGCAAUGAAAUAUUCAAGAACCAAUUGGCUCAAAGCUUCAUGGUGUUUGAUUUGAUCUUAUGACAAUUUUAUGAUGCCGCUGUCAAAUAUAGUGUUACCGGUCAAUAUCUUUUGGUGUAAAUAUCCUGUAAUACAGUCAGGACAGCUGCGGAUUAUUGUCCAGUGCGGUUUUUCUUUAAACAAAUGUCGUUUUCGUGUCAAAUUGGGCAGGUCGCGGUUUAUAGUCUGAAAAUUACGGUACUUUAUAAAUCUUAUUAAUCACUUAACAAAACCCGGGUUAAAUUGACCCACAGAUAUGUUUACAUCCUUUCGGGGGAACUGAACCCGAGCUAUCAAAUGUUUUACCAACUGAAUUUUCAUCAAACAAAAGAGUUCCACAAACGCAGCCGGUCGUAAUGCCCUGCAAAUACUUCUUUUCAUGGACCAAUGAAACAAGUGCAUACUUCCUAAAUUGUGUUGGGGUUGAUUGAACUUGAGAUUUAUUUUGUAACUGACUCUCCUGUAUCAUUAAAGAGGCACCGGGUCAAAUUGACCCGUGAUUAUUCUUACCGUCCCACAGCACUGGCCCCUAAUAAUAUCCGAGUGUCAGUUUUCUCCCCUCUAGUAGUGCUUCCCUGCUCAGCCUCUCUCUCUUGAGCGAGCGCCAUGUGACAGGAUGUGCAAGGAACAGGAGUUGUGGCGGCAGCGGCCCUUACCUAGCCACUUUGCGACUGGACCUGCCGACAAGCACCAUCAUGUGGUUUCGCCCCGUCGCGCUGCAGAUCUGCCUGUUGGGCGCCGUCGCGGCCACUAUCGACAGCGGCUCCUUCCUGAUCUUCAAUCAGAAUCACAACAAGUGCGUAAAGGUCAUCCACGCUUCAUCCACCACGUUAUCGCGUUGCGACCCGCACGCCAAGGACCAGCAGUUCCGUUGGGCAUCGGCGGAAAGACUGCUGAGUUUGUCCCUCAACCUGUGCCUGGGCGCCGUGGAGAUUAAGGACUGGGUCAAGGUCCUGCUGUUCGAGUGCGACGAAACCAGCGAGCUGCAACGCUGGCAGUGCAAGAACCAGACGCUGUUCGGACUUCGCGAUCGUGAUCUGCACCUCAACUGGGGGAAUUUUAACGAGAGGAACUUGAUGAUCUAUAAGGGGUCGGGAGAAUGGAGUCGAUGGAAGAUCUACGGGACGCAUUUAGACUUGUGCUCCAAGGGAUAUCAAGAGAUUUUCACCAUCGGGGGUAAUUCCUUCGGCACCCCGUGUAUGUUCCCGUUCAAAUUUGGUGAGCAGUGGUAUUCGGAGUGCACCAAGGAUGGUCGCUCCGACAAGCAAAUGUGGUGCGCCACCGUGGCCAAUUACAACACCGAGAAGAAAUGGGGCUUCUGUCCAACCAAAGUGACGUCGGGCUGGGACACGGAUCCGGUAACGGAGGUUCAGUACCAACGCAACGUCCAGUCUGUGCUGUCCUGGCACCAAGCCCUGAAGAGCUGCAGACAGCAGGGCGCGGAUCUCCUCAGCAUCGUGGAGCUCCACGAGCAGUCCUACAUUUCGGGACUGACCAGCGAGUUGGGAAGCGCCCUGUGGAUUGGACUCAAUAGUUUGGACUAUGAUGCAGGAUGGCAGUGGAGCAAUGGAAACCCUUUCAGAUAUUUAAACUGGGCGCCAGGUCAUCCUUCAUCAGAUCCUGGAAUGAACUGCGCCACCUUGAAUGCGGGCAAGGCUGCUAAAUGGGAGACCAGCAACUGCAACAAGAAGCUUGGAUACAUUUGUCGCAAAGGGAACUCCACCAGUCUACCUAUGCUGCCUAUUAACCAGCCAAGUUUCUGCCCCAACAAUUGGGUCCCUUACGGCGGCAACUGUUACUUCCUUGAGAGGAGCAAAAAAAUGUGGAAGGACGCUUUAACUUCCUGCCGCAGAGACGAAGCCGACCUGGUCAGCAUUCACAACAUCGAGGAGCAGAGCUUCAUCAUCGCUCAAUCCGGAUAUCAGUCGACCGAUGCCUUGUGGAUCGGCUUUAACGACCAGAGGAACCAAAUGUUGUUUGAGUGGUCCGACCGCUCUCAGGUCACCUUCACCCAGUGGAUGACGGACGAGCCCACCCACGCCACCAACCUUCAGGAGGACUGCGUACUCAUCAGAGGAAAGGACGGUAGGUGGGCUGACAACAUGUGCGAGAAGGAGUACGGCUAUAUUUGUAAGAAGAAAGCCUCUUCAAAAGCGGCAGAAGGAAGUCACCAAGAAAGCAACGAGGGAUGCAAGCGUGGUUCCUUCAGGUACAGCUCGUAUUGUUACACCAUCGGAGCUGAGAAGAAAACAUUUGAUGAAGCGAAGCAGGCGUGCUCACAAGAUGGAGGAAAUCUCAUAGACAUAGCCGACAGGUACGAAAACGCCUUUCUGACCAGUUUAGUGGGCCUCAGGCCUGAAAAGUACUUCUGGAUGGGAUUCUUUAAAAAAGAAGACACGCACUCAUUCACUUGGACCAGCGGCAGGAAGGUGUCCUUCACUCAUUUCAACAUAGGCAUGCCAGACCGCCAAACGGGCUGCGUCGCCUUGGCGACAGGGGUGUCAGCCGGACUGUGGGAUGUUGUGAACUGCGGCAGCAAGGAAAAAUACAUCUGCAAAAAAGUCGCCGAGGGCGUCCACAUGACCGUCGCACCGCCCACUACUCCUGCUCUCAACUGCGACCCCGGUUGGACACCAGUGGCUAGCAGGAAUGUCUGCUUCAAGGUGUACACGAAAAGCAAGGAUCUGAAGAAAACUUGGCCUGAAGCGCGGGAUUUCUGCCGGGCCAUUGGCGGAGACCUGAUGAGCGUCCAUGACGCUCAGGACCUCAGAAAUGCGCAGUUUCAUUCAUCAGACGCCGCAUGGAUCGGACUCAGCUUGCUUGGCACCAAUGAGGGUUUCGUCUGGACGGAUGGAUCGCCUUACGGCUAUGAGAACUGGGGCUACGGCGAGCCCAACAACUACAACGACGUCGAACACUGCACCGAAGUUCAUACCUACUACGGACGACACUGGAACGAUCGACACUGCGAGAGCUACAAUGACUGGAUCUGCCAGAUACAGAAAGGAGCUACUCCAAAACCCGAACCAGUUUUCGUCAUGCCAACGGCCAACACCACCGAGGACGGUUGGCUUCUCUACAACGAUUCGCAAUACUUCAUCAACAUGGAUCAGCAGCCUAUGGAGGCGGCGCGGGCAUUCUGCAAAAAGAACUUUGCCGAGCUCGCCAUCAUCACGGCCGAGAGCGAGAGGAAGUUCCUGUGGAGGCAGAUCGCCAGGGGAUCCGAGGAUCAGUUCUACAUCGGUCUCACGGUCAAUCUAGACCACUCUUUUAGUUGGUUGGACGACACCCCGGUAACGUACACUGCAUGGGAACAAAACGAGCCCAACUUCGCCAACAAUGACGAAAACUGCGUGACUAUCUACAAAAGCAUGGGCUACUGGAACGACAUCAACUGCGGCAUUGAGCUACCGUCCAUUUGCAAACGAAGCAACGUUUUCGUCAACACCACCGUAAUGCCCACCCCCGAACCCAAAGGAGGCUGCGCGCCCGAAUGGCUGUCAUUCCAAGGCAAGUGCUACAAGUUUGUGGGCACGGAAAAAAAAUCAUGGCAGGACGCCAGGGAGUUCUGCAAAAACCAGGGAGGGAAUCUGGUGUCUAUCGUCAACGAGAAGGAACAAGCAUUCCUGACCAUGCAGAUGCUGAGAUACCAGUCGGACUUGUGGCUCGGCAUGAACGACGUCAACUGGGAGAUGCACUUUGUGUGGACGGAUGGCCGAGGCGUGGCGUACACCAACUGGGCCAAAGGGCAUCCGACAUCCACGCCAGAUGGCCGCUAUGCCUUCUCACAGGAGGUUUUCGACUGUGUGAUGAUGGUGGGCAGCAUUACCAAGCAAAUAGGUCUAUGGAAGGUGGAUGAUUGCGCCGGAAAGCGCGGCUUCAUCUGUAAAAGAAACGUCGAUUCCCAGAUCGCAUCAGCGGCCACCACCGUGUCACCAAAGGCCUUCUACAAGCUUGGAAAUGACUCAUACAAGCUGCUGACGCAGAAGAUGCACUGGGAUGAAGCACGGCGGCGGUGCCAGGCAGAUGACGCCGAGCUAGCUAGCAUACUUGACCCUGUGGCGCAGGCCUACAUAACACUCCAGAUCUCCAAGUUGAACCAGUCGGUGUGGAUAGGCCUCAACAGCAAUGUGACGGGAGGUCGCUUCAAGUGGGUGGACAACUGGCGCCUGUCGUACACCAAAUGGGGUAAAGACGAGCCUAAGAGCAAUUACGGUUGCGUGUACAUCGAUGUGGACAAAACCUGGAAGACAGGCACUUGCAGAGAGACCUACUACUCUCUUUGCAAGAUCUCACCAGUUUUGGCGCCAACGGAGCCUCCACAGCUAGCUGGAAUCUGUCCAGAACCGAUUAAGAAAAGAUCUUGGCUCCCGUUUCGGGGUCAUUGUUACUCUUUCCUCAGCUCGCUUGUGGAUAAUUGGGCCCACGCUUCCGUAGAAUGUCUGAAAAUGGGGGGAUCUCUAGCAAGCAUCGAGGACCCUCAGGAGAGUUUUUUCAUUCAGCAAAAUCUGGAAUUCCUACAGGACGGCGCCAAGAACUUCUGGAUCGGCUUGUACAAAACCCACGACAGUCAGUGGUCAUGGAUUGACAGCACCGCAGUGGACUACACCAACUGGGGAGAGGGCAGUCCUGGGACAGAGUCGUGCGUUUCAGUACAAUCUGAAAGUGGGAAAUGGAAGACCACCACCUGCAGCAGAUACCGACCGUACAUCUGCAAAACACCCAAAGUUAUCGUGCCAACAGAAAAGCCUCCAGCUGUCGCUCAUAUUAUGGAAGAGGUUUCCAACGGCUCCGCCGGCGUCACCGUGGCGGUGGUGCUGGUGGUCCUGGCCUUUGGGGGACUUGUUGCUUUCCUGCUCUUCAGGAAAAAGAUGCCCGCCCCAUCGCCAUCCCCGUCAGGGGAGCCCACCUUCAUCAACAAGUUGUACUUCAAUAAUCCCAUCCGAGCUCUGGUGGACACAAAGAGCCUGGUUGGCAACAUUGAGCAAAACGAGCAAGCAUAGUUUGGCACUAAACUCAGUUAUAGUUUCUAUUCUAAUCAGUUUGAGUACUGGAACUGUACAACGUAACACUCCGAAAGAUGUGAUUUUAAAAAAUAUGUACAUAGGAUUUUUUCUACUUUGAAGAAUCAACAGUUUCUUGAUUGUUCUUACAAUCGCGGUUGACAAGAAAUGAAAAUUCUGAUGUUUUUGUAAAAUCAGUUGAGAUUGUAAAUAGAUUCAAUAAAAAGA